AUGUCUGCAACCGCUUGUUUCGUGUUCCUCGAAGAUGAUCAUGAGGUUGCCUUGACUUGGGAUCAUGUGCCUAUGUUGUGUCUCAACUUGACUACUACUGCUAUUACAAUUGCACUGUUGCCAUCAAUUCUCGGACAGACCAAGGAAGUCACAAUGCUCAGUAUCACCUUCUUUACAGCAGCAGGGUUUACAGCUUUCUUCUCUCAACAACUGUGGCUGCCGGUAUACUUGAGCUACGUGCAAGUUCUGGCCUUCUUAAUAUCUCUCGCCUGCUGUGCUGUUGGGAGACUUGAUAGGCCUAAUCAUGAUUACUCCUCUGAGCAAGGCUGGCUGGAACUGCCUACGGAGUCUGGAAACAUCACAAAGUUGAGCAAUCCAUCCAUGGCUAAACUGGUCUCUAAAGUCAGCAAACGAAUGAGAUGGGUUCUACACCAGAUGAUGAUUCAACUCGUCCUCUUAUCAAUCGCAACAGCAGCAUGGGGUUGGUUCCUUACCACAAACCUCUCAACACAGCUCGCGAAGCACACAUCCCACGACUUGCGACUGGACACUUCCUACAAAGCAAAUUCGAACAUCGACAUUGUAAUGAGCAUGUACCGCGAACAUCCCUCUCACAUAACCCAAACGUUGUCACUGCUCAACUCUAUCCCCUCCAUCGGCUCCAAAUCACCCCGUCUGGUCCUCUACACCAAAGAUCCACACGCAAACACCGCACUCCUCCAACAACAAACCAAUGCCACAAAAGUCAUCCAAUUGCCAAAUGUAGGCAGGGAAGGCCAUACCUAUCUCCACCACAUAACCUCCUCUUGGGAUGAUUUGGCAACCCAGACUUUCUUCCUGCAAGCCUCUAUCCACAAUCCUCGAGAAUUUUCUGCUAGAGUUGAGGACUACUAUACGCCUCAGACAGGAAUGCUGGGUUUGGGAUUUAGUGACCAGAGUUGUGAGUGCAAUAACUGUGGUGAUAGGUUUGGGUGGCAAGAUCAUUCUGGCAUUGUGGAGGAGACUUGGAAAGAAGUGUUCAAUCAGACGUGUGGAGAGCAGAGGGUGCUAUUAAGUUACAAGGGCCAGUUUGUUGCUAGUGCUGCAAGGUUGAGGGCGAAUAAGAAGAGUUUGUACGAGAGGUUGAUGAAGGCAUUGGAAGAGCCGGGUAGUUGGGCGCAUCAGCAAAAGUAUUUGCAAGGUCGACCCGACUCUUUGAACGCCCCAUACUUUGGUUACACCUUGGAACGGCUGUGGUCAGUGAUUCUGCAAUGCUCAGGUGAGCGUAUUGCAGCUCUCUGUCCGACGUUGUUGAGCGGGACAAGAAGAAACGGAUCAAAGGCGGAUUGUCAGUGUCUUGAUUCUUCUUGGAAAUCUAUAAUUACUUUUUGA